UCGCUUCUUCGAAUUCCAAAGGUUAGACUUUCCUGAAUCCUUCAAUAAUCUCUCUUCGUUGUCUUCUGUAACAUUUCUUCUAUUGUUAGUGAUGGAUUCCAUUAUUUUCCUUGUGUUACAACUUUGAUGAGCUCAAUGCUUUCACAAACUAGGUUUCGGAAUUUUUGUUUCAAUCCAAUGUCUCUAUUUGGGUCUUUAAACCAGAUUAUAUUGAAGAUCUGGAAAAUGGGUUUAUAAUUUUGUAAAGACCGCGACUUUGAAAACUUCAAUUUGGUGAAAUUCUUUCAAAUCCGCAUCUUGUAAAAAUCACAUUUUUAUAUUUUUGUUGAUUGAUCUUGUUCUCUGUUGAAUGUUUAACUUGUGUGCGUUAGGUAGAACAGUAGAAGAAAUCAUGGAUCCAGCUGAAAUGAGAUAUUUGGAAGAAGAGGAUGGUCCGUUGAUGAAGACAAUCAAAGGUAGUAUCACUGGUUUUGGUGCUGGGACUAUUUACGGAACCAUUUUAGCCACAUGGAAAGAUGUUCCAAGAGUGGAGAGAAAUGUGGCUCUUCCAGGACUUAUUAGAACACUGAAGAUGAUGGGAACCCAUGGGCUGACUUUUGCUGCUAUAGGAGGUGUUUACAUCGGUGUUGAACAGCUGGUUCAGAAUUUUAGAUCCAAGAGAGAUUUUUACAAUGGUGCUAUUGGUGGUUUUGUCGCUGGAGCUUCUGUGCUUGGCUAUAGAGCAAGGAGCAUCCCGACAGCGAUAGCUGCAGGUGCAACACUAGCUGUUACCUCUGCUUUGAUUGAUUCUGGAGGUCAGACCACAAGAGUAGACAAUGGCAGAGAAUACUAUCCUUACACCGUCGAGAAAAGAGCUGAAGCUGAUUCCUGAUUUCUCUUUUGGUCACUGAGAUUAAUAAGAUGUGCAUUCGCUGAUCCGGGGAUCUUGAGAUAAUCUCUUUUGUUUAUUUUAUCUGGAUAUGUGAUAUCAUGAUACUCUUUGCUCUUGUUUCUUCUUGUUUUCUUGAGAGCGACUUUCUCACAUCUUUUGUCUGAAUGUUUCCUGCAAUAAAAAUUCAACUUUGUCUGCAGAUGUAAACAAAUGUUUUAGCUUUCAGUAAUCAUUUUAAUCAGACAUUUGCUUGCUUCUGUU